CCAGAGGACUGCACGAUCCCGCCCAGAGUUUGACAAAACAUCAUCUAGAAUGUGAUCUCCAGACUCCAGAGUAUCAGAUAUUCGUGCGACUGACACCAAAGCAUCAUGUUGUCUUCUGCUCUAGUGAAAGUUGAUCGUGUCGCAGUUCAUGUUGGUAAAACAUAUGCACCAUUUUAUGAAUUCAUAGCGCGAACCCUGAAGUCUCAAACAGGUGGUGUAGAUUUUCACAGCGCUUCAUCAAUCACUGGAAAAUACAAAACCAUAGAUGAUCUACCGGGACCCAGUCUGGCCACAACUGUCUACUGGCUUUUCGUCAAAGGAUACGCGGAUAAAAGUCAUGCAAUGCAGGUGGAGCAUAAGCGCCUGUAUGGUCCGAUCUGGCGGUCCCGCUUUGGGCCGUUUGAUGUGGUAAAUGUGGCGACGGCUGAACUGAUUGCACAGGUGAUCCGACAGGAGGGCCGUUAUCCAGUGCGGACUGAUCUGCCUCACUGGAAAGAAUACAGAGACAUGAGAGGACAGGCGUAUGGUCUUCAUGUAGAUACAGGCCCUGAGUGGUAUCGCAUCCGCAGUGCUCUGAACCCUAAAAUGCUUAAACUGAAGGAAGCAGCAGCAUAUGCACCUAUCAUUCACGAAGUUGUGUCUGAUCUCCUGCAGCGUGUGGAACGCCUGCGUCUGCGCAGUCAAGACCAGGCCACCGUCAAUGACCUCACCUCUGAGCUCUACAAAUUUGGCUUUGAGGGAAUCUCCUCGAUCCUGUUUGAAACAAGGUUAGGCUGUUUACAGGAGGAAAUUACCACAGACACCCUGCGGUUCAUAUCUGCCGUUAAUGAUAUGUUAGCGCUGUCAGAGACGGUUCUUUUUUUUCCACGCUGGACUCGUCACAUCUUCCCGUUCUGGAAACGGUUUGUCCAGGCGUGGGAUGACUUGUAUGACGUAGCCCGGCAUCUGAUUGAUAGGAAGGUGAAGCAGAUACAUGAUCAGGCUGAGCGUGGAGAGCAGGUGGAGGGCAUGUACCUCACCUACCUGUUGUCCUGCAAUAAACUCAGUUUAGGAGAGGUGUACAUCAGCCUGACUGAACUUCUGCUGGGAGGUGUGGAUACGACGUCCAACACAUUAUCGUGGACCUUGUACCACCUUGCACGUGAUGCAGAAGUCCAGAACCGCCUCUAUAAUGAGAUCACAUCUGUGUGUCCCAAUAAAGAGCUGCCGACCACAGAACACCUGACAAGGAUGCCCUACAUGAAGGCUGUCAUCAAAGAAACUCUCAGGAUGUAUCCUGUUGUUUCUGGUAACGGACGCCUGACUGUGGAUUCGGAAAUAAUUGUGGAUAAUUAUUGGUUCCCUAAGAAGACACAGUUCCAUCUCUGUCACUACGCUGUUAGUCACGAUGAGAGGAAUUUCCCUGAACCUGAGCAUUUUGUUCCAGACCGCUGGUUGAGAGACAGCCCGUCUCGCUCUCAGCAUCACCCCUACAGUUCUAUCCCGUUUGGGGUUGGUGUUCGGGCCUGUGUGGGGAAGAGGGUCGCAGAGCUGGAGAUGUACUUUGCCUUAAGUAGACUGAUGCAGCAUUAUGAGGUCAGAACGGAGGAAGGAGCCCCAUCUAUACAGCCCAAAACCAGAACCCUGCUCAUUCCCUCCAAACCCAUUGACCUGCAGUUUAUCCCUCGGGCUUGAAACCAGCCAACAGUACUAUUAAUUCAAAUCAUUUUGCCUUAAACAUCCUAGUGGCCCCUACCUGUUUCUGUGAAAUGCUGCUUGUGUUAAUUUAGGGUAGGAGGUAAAAGUGGGCCAGCUUUUAAAAUAAAUCACAAUUGAGCUUAAAUAUUAUUAGAGGGAUUUACAGCUGAAGUGUGCAAAUCACCUGGGUUGCAUUAUUAAAGAAUUGCUCUUUAACAGUCUGGAGGGAAAGCAGAUUGGAAGAGACAGAAGAAAACCUUCUGUUCAUGUGCUGGUGGCAGUUACAGCUUACAAAACCUGCUAUUUGCUAUGGCCAUGUGUCUGAUCAAGCAGAAAGUAUGUUCUUUCAAAAUGUUUUCUGACUGUGUUUUUAUCUAUCU